AUGGACAGUGCUCAAGAUCUUGUUAAUGAUUUAAUCAAGUUUCUUGUUAAGGUGAUACCAAUUCUGGAUGCCCAAAUGGGAGACAAAAAGCAGCCUAAUGAGAGGUCAGAAAUAUGGGAUCAUUUCACUAAGAUACUUGGUAGAGAAAGAGCAAAAUGUAAUUACUGUGGGAGAACAUUUAAGGCUGACACUAAUAGUGGAACUUCUAGCAUGUGGAAGCAUUUAAAAACUUGUUAUGCAUAUAAGAACACUAAAAUUGAUGAAAACCAACCAUUACUCACUCGAGAAAACAAUGAUGGUGGUAUUAUGCCUACGGUGUUUAAUAAAGAAAUGUGUAGAAAAGUAUUGGUUAAGAUGAUUAUUAUUGAUGAAUUGACUUUUUCCUUUGUGGAAGGUGUGGGUUUUAAGGAAUUUGUUCGUCAACUUUGCCCUAGAUUUGAGGUUCCUUCUCGAAGAACAAUUACUAGAGAUGUGCUACAUCUCUACCAUGAAACAAAGGAAUCAUUGAGGAUUAAAUUUAUUAAGGAUAGAAGUUGGAAAUUGCAUAAGAGGAUAUUGAGUUUUUCUAUGGUUCCAAAUCAUAAAGGGGAGAAAAUUGGGAAGAUUAUUAAGACGUGUCUGCUUGAUUGGGGAAUAGAGUGUGUGGGUAACAUUACUGUAGAUAAUGCAAACACAAAUGAUGCAGUGAUCGUUUAUGUGAAAAACAAGUUAAAAAGAUUUGGAAACCUAAUGAUACUAUGA